AUGAAUGAUAAUCUAGAUAAUGACAGUAUAAGAACAGAAGAUUAUGCUUCAAAAUUCAAUGAAACAAUAAAUUUACCAGGUGAUACACAUAGAACUAAUUCAUAUCAACCAGUUCAAUCACUGUGUGCUGAGAUAAAAAAGUCGUCAAGUACAGCAACACUACUACCCACUUGCAAUGAUAAAAUAUUUAAUGAAAUUCAUGGUAAAUCAAAAUUGCCUCCUGUUACGUAUGAUCAUUCAAUCAAAACUAUUAUUCCUUCUGUCAAUAAUAUUGAUCAAAGUGCAAAUAAAAAGUCUGAUUUUAUCAAUAAUGAUUAUUAUCCACCAUUUCAUAGUCGAUUGUCAUGUGAAAUACGGCAAAAUGAACAAUAUCUUGACCGUAGUAUAACUUCACAAUCAUUUUCUUUAAAAGGAAGAUGUGAUCACAUGAAAGGAGAUAUUAAUCAGGUUAACGAAUGUGUACAAAUAUCUGGUAUAACCCUCAACAAAGAAGAAAUCAUGGCAAUUAUUAAUGAACGCGAUGAAUUGUAUGAGAUAUUACGAGUUAAUGAAGAGGAGGCUAGUGAACGUUAUUCUACAGAAAAACGUUUAAUGAGUAUCAAACAAGAAUUUACCGCCGAACAGCAACGUUUAAGACAAAUUAUCACUGCAUUAGAAGAGGAAUUAGAAGUCACAAUGUGUCGUCUUAAUCAGUUAACUGCUGAAAGAAGCAAAUGGACAACUGAAUUAGAUGAAACAAAAAAUGAAAGGAAUGAAAUGAAAGAGAAAUUGAAAAAUACAGAAGAAAAUCACAAAGUUGAAUUGAUGGAAAUGGAAAAUGCAUAUCAAGAGAAAUUAAAACAAAUGAAAUUAGAUGAAAUUAAAAACUCUGAUAUUAUAACAAAAGAAUAUGAACUAAAAAUAAAUCAUUCUAUCAAUGAACAAAUACAACAAACUACUGAAUUUGAAGAGAAAUUACAAAAAUUAAAUAAAACAAUUAAAGAAAUGGAACAAGAGAAAGAAAAUUUAAGACAUGAAAAUAUGGAACUAAUGAAAGAACACCGUGAAAGAGAAAGAUUAAUUCGUAGUGAAUAUGAAGAGAUUCUAGAAAGUAAAUCUGUUGAAAAAAGUAAGGAAAUAUCGAAAUUAAUGGAUGUUCAUUCUAUUCAAUUAAAUGAAUUGGUUGAACAAAUGCAAAAAGAAAAAAUUCAAGCUAUCAACGAGAUCAGAUCGUGUUAUACGGAAAAUAUUGAAGAAUUACAAAAUAAAUUACUGUCUAAACAAACAGAAAUUCAAACACUUAAUGAAACAUUAACUAAUACACAAAAUUUAUUACAUGAAAGUCGUAAUCAAGAAAUUUUAGAAAAAUUAAAAGUUCAAACUGUUGAAGCACAUUCAAAAGAAUUAGUUGAAUGGGAAAAAGAAAAAUUUGAAUUAUGGAAAAUUAAAAUGAAUGAAUUAAAAGAUGAAAAAGAUUCAUUUAUUGAAACAAUGAAACAAGAAUUACAAGAACAAAAAGAUCUUACAAAAUUUUAUCAAGAUAAAAUGAAAACUAUUCAAAAAGAGUCAGAUACAUAUCAAACUGAAUUAGAACGAAAAAUAAUUACAUUAGAAAAUCAAAUAGAAACAUUAAAAAUGAAACAUGAAAUCGAUAGGAGUGAGAUUCAACAAGUCUAUAAUCAAAAAUUAUCCAACAUGGAAUUACAACAUUCUCGAGAAAUUAAACAAGCUGUAGAAACUGAAAAUGUAACUGUACAAAAGCAAGUACAUGAAAAAAAUCAAGCAGAAAAAGAUAAAAUAUUAGAAGACUUAAUCUCUUCAUCAACACAGAUUGCUUCGAAAAUUGGAAAUUUAGUCAAUGAUAUCUAUCAUAUUGUUGAAUGGAAUGUACAAAAUUUAUACAGUUUUCCCGAUUUCACUUUGGAUUUAGAUGCACAAGUUAUGCCAAACAAAGAAAUUGAAAUACCAAAUAUAACAAAGAAAUGGACUAUAAAUGAUAUUUCCAUAGAAGGUGUAAUGGAAUCACUGAUGAAACAUGUGGAUGAGUUAGCGAAUAAUUUGAGAAAGAAUUCAAUGGAUAUUUUAGCACAAUUACAGCGACGUAAAGAUGUAUUGGUAACACAAAUUAGAAGUGAAUUAGAUAGUGCUCACAGUGCGGUCAAACGUAUUCAAGAACAAGCUGAAACCGAACAAGAUGAACAUAAAAUGACGUUAAAGCACUAUCGUAACCGAAUUGAAGAGUUAGAAGAUGAAGCAAUAAGGAAAAAAUUAAUUGAACAAUUGAAGCUAAAAGAUGAUGAGAUUGAAUGCUUGAAAAAUGAAAUACAACAAUUACAACAAGAAAUCAAAAAAUUAACGAUUGAAAGAAAUAAACCAGAUCAUGAAGAAGCAAAUGAUAGAAAGCAUAAAGAUCUUUCAUCUAUUCAUCAAUUAUUAUAUUCACUAAAUCAUAAUAAAAAUGGUACAAAUGAUUUGGUCAGUCAACAACCAAUUCGAAUAAUUACUGAACUAAAAGCACGGAUUCAACGAUUGAGAGAAGAAAAUAUGGCAUUACGUCGGCUACUAUUACGUCGACCACUUGUACCGGUAAAGCAAUCAGAUCAAGAAAGUGAACAACGACCAUUUUAUAAACCAUCCGAUGCACAAUUCAUGCAAAGACUGAAAAGUAAAGGGAACUCAGAAAGAUUUAUAUCGAAAUUUUAA